UUUGUUAAGCUCCUCAUCACUUUAGUUGCAUUUAAAUAUAUAAACUGUUUUUGUGUGAUGUGUUUUGAAUUUUGCCAGUAAACUUAACUUGCAGCAUUUCUUGAAUAACUGCAGGUACAACAUAUUAUUGUGAAAUGAUCUUACAUUCUCUUAGUGAAUCUGGCACAUAUUUGUUGUGCCAGAUAGACUGGCUGUAUUUAUUUGUUCAAAUUUGGUAACGCGUACCAAGUAGUGACAUUUUUAUCUGAGUUUUGCACUAUUCAUUUUUAAAUAUAAUUCAAAGUUGUUCUAUUUUAUAUCUGGCUCAAUCAUAACUAUUCAGUAAUCAGUAAAUAACUAACAAACUGACUAAAUGAUAACUAUUCCUUGUAAGCUGAUUUAAAAGUUAUUGUUCUGACUUUGAAUCACAUGGGUGACUUAAAACAAAUUCCAGCCUUAAAUAUAUCGCAUAUGAACCAUAUUUUUACUUUUACUAAGUGGAGUAAAAGUAUCUAAAGCUAAAUAUUGAAAAAAGAUGAUAAAGUACUGUGACCACAGGAGGCAGUCUGUUCAACACAAAGACGAGCAAACGGUGCAGAUGAGAACUGUUCUCGGCUCGUGCUGCCUUCACUUGCACCAACAGCGACAUUUAGACCGUCUGUACCAUCAUUUAUAUGUAAUGUUGCUGCCUAAAGAAAAGCGGUUUCAGACGUUGGUUCGUAUUAAUGACAUAAAGUAGUCACACUGAUUUGAUUUUCAAGUAGAGACACCGAUAUUCGCCACUUGUUAAAGCUCAAGGUGUCCGACGUUGGGUGUCACGAGCGGACCCUGAAGGCAGCACGUCAUCCGCCGCGUGCGCUCACAGCAUCUCCAGCCACUGUCAGUUAACGACAAUGAGAGGGAGCCCGAAAACUCGCCGUGUGAGUUCAGGCGUGUCUCAGAAGGGGGAGAGCUCAACCGGGUGAUAAUUUUUUUAGAACUUCCACCGGUUAUGGCAGCUUUUGGUGGAGCCACGCCGCGAAGCUGAAGGACCAACCCAGCUGCUCCCCCCCUCAGUGAACUCUGACCCCCCAGGUGCCAUCUGACUCAGGGAUACGAUGGGACUCCUCUCCUUUCACCACGGCGCACUCUUCUUCGUCUUCUUUUUCCUCCUCCUCCUGUGCCACCCCUGCAUUUCCAUCAGGCCUCAAGUCCUGGAGCGAGCGUCUUCGCCUGAACAACCUGAGUCCUCUGACAACUCCACAGAGUCUGAAAAGAGGACAUGUACAGGUGUCGUGGUGUGUAAACCCGGCAUCCUGCUGCCAGUCUGGGAGCCUCUCAACCCUCCAGUUGGGGAACAAGCAGGAAGGGCGAUUGUGUACUUCCUCUCUCUCAUGUACAUAUUCCUUGGAGUAUCCAUCAUUGCAGACCGCUUCAUGGCAUCCAUAGAAGUCAUUACAUCUCAGGAGAAGGAGGUGACCAUUACCAAACCUGAUGGGGAAACCACGGUGAAAACCGUGCGGGUCUGGAAUGAAACCGUGUCCAACCUGACACUCAUGGCCCUGGGCUCCUCUGCACCAGAGAUCCUGCUCUCUGUUAUUGAGGUGUGUGGACACAACUUCAAUGCCGGGGAGCUCGGCCCAAGCACCAUAGUGGGCAGUGCGGCCUUUAACAUGCUUGUGAUAAUUGGUCUGUGUGUGUCAGUAAUUCCAGAUGGACAGUCUCGCAAGAUCAAACACCUGCGAGUGUUUUUUAUCACAGCUUUCUGGAGCAUCUUUGCAUACAUUUGGCUCUACCUCAUUCUGGCCGUCAUCUCCCCAGGGAUUGUUGAGGUUUGGGAAGCUGUAGUAACACUGCUAUAUUUUCCCAUCUGUGUGAUGUUGGCUUGGAUCGCUGACCGCCGCCUGCUCUUUUACAAAUACAUGCAUAAGAGAUACCGUGCCAACAAGAGGCAUGGGAUUGUGGUGGAAAUGGAGGGGGACGAUUCCCCCAAAGGCAUUGAUGUCAUCAUGGACGGAAAGCUGUCAGACGGCAGUCCAGGCCCUGGAAACUCCUCUAGUGUGACGGUGUCCGUGCAGACAGGCAGUGAGCUGGACCAGAACAAAGAUGAGGUAGUCCGCAUCUUGAAAGAUCUGAAGGAGAAGCAUCCAGAUAAAGACCUGGACCAGCUGAUCGAGAUGGCCAACUACUCUGCCCUGGUCCACCAGAAGAAGAGUCGUGCCUUUUAUCGUGUCCAAGCAACACGGAGGAUGAUCGGUGCUGGAAACAUCUUAAAGAAGCACGCAGCAGAUCAAAAGCGGCGCGCACCGGGACAGGAUGCGGACAAGGCGACGUGCUCACAUAUCUGUUUUGAAAGCGUCCAGUACCAAUGCACGGAGAACUGCGGCUCUGUGACCCUGUGGGUGGUCCUCGAUGGAGGCACAGGCCAAAACACCUUCUACGUGGACUACUGUACAGAAAACGGAUCUGCCAACGCUGGAUCAGACUAUGAGUUUAACAAGGGAACUCUGACAUUCAAACCAGGGGAAACCCGAAAAGAGAUCAAGGUGGGGAUUUUGGAUGACGAAAUCUUUGAAGAGGAUGAACAUUUCUUUGUGCGUCUUCAGAAUCUGAGGUUAGAGGAGGGAGGGAGCGAAGGGACUGGUUCUCCGCCCAAGGCCAGACUGGUGGAACCUCUGCUGGCCACAGUCACUAUACUGGACGAUGACCAUGCUGGGAUCUUUACCUUUGGGCAGCAGGUGCUGCGAGUGAGCGAGAGCACCGGCGUGCUGACGGUGACUGUGUUGAGGAACUCGGGCUCCAGGGGCACAGUAGCUGUGCCGUACCAUACUGAGGAUGGUAGUGCCAAGGCUGGAGUGGACUAUGAGGAGGCCAGAGGGGAGGUGGAAUUCACCAAUGAACAGACAAGUCAGACAUUACAGAUAUGCAUUUUAAAUGUGGAGGAGUACGAAAAGCAGGAAUACUUCUUCGUCGUGCUUGAAGACCCCAAGUGGCUGAAGAGAGGAAUUUCUGCUCUGCUACUGAACCAGGGUAACCCAACUCCUGAGGAGGAAGAGGCCAGGAGGAUUUCUGAGAUGGGCAAACCUAUUCUAGGAGAGCACAGCAGACUAGAAGUCAUCAUACAAGAAGCCUGUGAUUUUAAGACUCCCAAUGGAGUCAUAGACCAGAACACUGUGGAUCAACUCCUCCAGGACACAAAUCUAGCAGAAGUGAUUGGGACUCACUCAUGGAAAGAGCAGUUCAUUGAAGCAGUCACAGUGAGCGCAGGUGAUGAUGACGAGGAGGGACAGGAGCAAAGAACGCCCAACUGCUUCGACUAUUUUAUGCACAUACUUUGCGUUUUCUGGAAAAUCUUAUUUGCUUUUGUCCCGCCCACCGAGUACUGGAACGGCUGGGCGUGCUUCAUUGUGUCCAUCUCUGUCAUCGGCCUCCUAACCGCCAUCAUCGGAGACCUGGCGUCGCAUUUUGGCUGCACUGUUGGCCUCAGAGACACUGUGACUGCCGUGGUCUUUGUGGCGCUGGGGACUUCACUUCCUGACACCUUUGCCAGUAAAGUGGCCGCCACUCAGGACCAGUAUGCAGAUGCAUCCGUGGGGAACGUGACGGGAAGCAACGCAGUCAACGUGUUUCUGGGCAUUGGCCUGGCCUGGUCCGUGGCUGCGGUGUACUGGGAAGUGAAAGGGAAGGUCUUCCGCGUCGACCCUGGUUCCCUGGCCUUCUCGGUCACACUCUUCACUAUUUUUGCGUUCUUCAGCAUGGGCGUGCUGAUGCUACGCAGGAGGCCGUCCAUAGGAGGCGAACUCGGCGGUCCGAGGAUUCCCAAGGCCCUCACCUCGCUGCUCUUCUUCGGACUCUGGUUCCUGUACAUCCUCUUCUCCAGCCUGGAGGCCUAUUGCCAUAUACAAGGAUUCUGAGAGAGUCAUAAGGUCACACUUACAGACACAGAACUGUGACAGUAACUACCAAUAGGAAUCCAUCACCCUCACCGUUUGACUCCUGCUGCCAUGGUUCAAAACAUAUACACAACGUGUGACUGUUCUAGUCAGUAGGACUCUCUGUCACAAUACAAAUUCAUUUAUUUUAAAUAUAUUAGAUUAUAGUUAACUGCACUAUACAUGAAGGGUAUAGGCAGACAAAUAUCUCUGAUCAUUAAAAUAUUUCUGAUCAUUAAAACAUUUCUGAUCAUUAAAAUAAUGCUGAUAAUUCACAUCCAGACUUAAAGUUGGGGAUUGUCUCCACUCACACGUACAAAGCCAAGGACUCUGGUAAAAUGUAAAAUGUGGUUUGCACAGAGCAUGAAUUCAGUGCAGGUGAGAUUAUUUACGUUGUAUCCAAACAAUGAGCAUUGUUUCAAGGCACUUUACAAGAUAAACAUCCAAUUUAUAUACAGAAAUAUACAGAAGCCCUGAAAGGCAAUCGGAAAGAAAUUGUUUUUUCGAAGAUCCAUUUUCUAAGUCUGACCAAAUUUUAUUUUUCUCUUGACUUUAAAAGUCAAGUGGAAGUGAAAAAGUUUUUUGGGGGAAGAGGGGUUCGCAUGGAAUAUUUAUGUGCAGUCAAUACAAUCAAAUCAUGUAGACAGAGACAAAUUUAAUUACAAAUAUUCUUAUGCACGAUAGAAACCAGUGACUAUGUAAGAGAAACUUUCGUAGCUAAUGAUAAUCAAAGAGAAGUGGCUUGAUUAAAAGUCCAAGGCUUUUGCCAAAAGAAAACAUCCUAACUGAUCCAUGAUGGGAAUCUAAUCACGACCGAUCAGAAGUACUUGUGUUUUGAAACAUUCCUAAUGACUCUGUGGGGAAAUAGCUGAGAACAGACAUAGCACAGGAAAAUCGGGUUUGAACCAUUAAACUCACUCAUUUCAUGCAGAUGGCAGCCUGUUUGGAAGAGUUUGUCACUCUGAACGGAUCCUUAUUAAGAACUGGAUCUUUGAGGGAUACAUUUCCACAACAUGUAUUUCACUGGAUUCAAUCAGGGGCUACAAGAAAGUAAACAACUACAGGUAAAGUUAAAAGAUGUGAAGUUCAUCACUUUCUCAGGCUGCAAGACUCUAACGCUGCUCACAACCAUUAAUAAGCUACUUGGUUCAUACAUGCAACUGUAUUUCAUUUCACAGUCAGGGUGGGAACACAUGUACCUGUAGAAAUGGCAAAAAGAAAAUACACCCUCUAAAGUCUAUGGCUUUCCACUCCAAAAACACUGGACAGUCCAGUGUUUUGUUUUCUAAUUCACUUUAUUUGCUACACAUUGCAUCAAUUAUACAUUAAAAGCCUAUAAAUGAUAGAGGGUGUACUUUUUUAAUUAUGAUUGUAAACUCAGACAUCUGCAUUCACUCAUCAUGUAUGUCAUAUUAAUACUGAGCUUUAAAGUAUGUAUUUGAACUAUUUUUUUUUCAAGGGUGGAAUAAUUCUACAAAAGAAAUUAAACAAUAAAAAAGGACUGGGUGCCCAAGUUUUAAUUGAUUGUGGAUUUUUCUUAAACCACACAGGCCAUGAAUAUGAAAACAAGCUCAAAUAUAUCCAUACACCCUAAGUAAUAUAUGGAUGAAUGUCCCAGUCUUGGUGACCCUCAGCCUGAAUUAUUUCCUUCAUCUGACGACAACAGUUUGACCAACCCUUCGCUCAACCAUACAAAUAAAAAAAAUGUGCAGAAUAUUUAAAAGCUGGGUGAAGACAAGAAAAACAAAUGCAUGUAAAUUAAUUAUACAAUUUCAGAACUGUAAAAUAAAUGUUGACCCAGAGCAGAAUAAUAAUGAUUUAUAUGAUUUAUACAUGUAAAAGUCUGACUGUCACUACAUAUCCACUGAUCUGAUUUAUAUCCACUGAUUUAUAAACACUUAUUAAAACUAAGAUGGAAAUAAAAAGUUAAUUUAUUCUGAAAUUAUUUCAUGGUUGUUCUCAAAUCAUCUUUGUCCGCAGCAAUGAUAUUUUUAAUUGUUUUGAUAAUCAUAGGUUAUUUACCCAUAAUAUGUUUUAUAUUUAGCAACUUAUUUGCCCUUCAACUCUCCAUUUAUUGGAAGAAACUGAUUCAAUGAAAUGUCUAUAAUAUGACUGUAGAGAUAUAGAUGUCAGCUGACCAAGCAGCAAAUGAGCUGGUAUCUGGCGCCAUCUUGUGUAAAUUACAAGCAACUGCUGCAUAUAGAUAGAUAGAUAGAUAGAUAGAUAGAUAGAUAGAUAGAUAGA